AUGCAUGCGAAUUCAAGUUCUUCACUAAGAACUGAAAACCCACAGGAUCAUCCAGAGGUGAUUCUCAAGGAAAAUUCCGAAGAUCAAACAAUUUUGCAGGCUAAUGUUUCAGUUCAAGAUUUGGAUUCUUCACCAAGUGGAGGAAGAGGAGGCGGUAGUCAUCAGUAUCGGAUUAUCCGACAUGAAAGAUCCCGAUUACCCGAUAACAACAUUAAUCUAAACAUAAGAAGAUCUCAUUCAUCAGGAGCUAGAAGUUCAUCAGCAAAAACUCAACAUGGAUUGAACACGUUGGUUUCGAUUCCCCCACCACUACCACCACCAUCACAAGGAAAUGGGAUGCAUGGAAUAGUUAAUGCUCAUCAAUUUUCUGCAGGAUUGGGUUUGAAUCCCUGUAACUCAAGCACUCAGGAUUUGCAAAGGAGACACAACGGGAAUAUUUUAAUAGGCAGUUACCCUAUCUCCCUCGUUGAUUCAACAAGACCUCAAAGAAGUGCUACAUCUAGUUAUGACCGGAAUCAGAAAUUGCAGCUGACUUCAGCAACUGAUUUGCCUGUUCUUAAUCAAGAAAGUGAAGCUCGAAAUUCGCUACAAGGACACAACCAUGGGAUAGGUACAAAUGAAUGUUUGGGAGCUAGCUCAUUCAUAGAUGGACAAAACAUUCAUGGCUCCCAAACAAUCCAUUCAUCGAAAGUCCAAACUGCUAUUGCUGGAUCUCAUGAAGUUGGCAGCUCCCUAGCGGCAACGUGCCGAGAGGCCGCGGAUUUGGUUCUCAUGUAUCGGCACUUUUUAGAUUUAUUUCCUGAAGUUAAAAGUGGGUUGGACGAGGCUCAAAUAGAAAAAGCUAUUGAAGAUUUAAAAACCUUGAUAGAAACUCCUCAACAGAUGAAUCAUGACAACCCAAUUUCAGAACACUCCCAAAUUGUUCUCUCUCCUUCCGGUCACAAUCCUUCGAUUGAUUGCUAUAGUUCAAUCGAAAGUAAAAAUAAUAAUGCUAAGAGCAAGCAAGAAGAAAGAGAAGGCAGAAGCAAGGAUGCAACAACAUUGGGAAAUGAGGGAACCAAAUUGACUUCGGAGGUGGAAUCUAGUUUUGCCGGCCUUGUUCCAUUCUUGAUGAAUGAUGAAUUUGAGGAUCUAAUUAAAUGGCCUGACCCUGAUUUCCUUAGCUAUUCUGACCCUUACGGGUUUGAUCCUUGA